AUUUGAAAUGAACAGUAAAAUCAAUGUUGAUCGGAGUUCAUCAAGGAAUGAUAAAGUGGAAUAUCGCGGAUCCAAUGAACAUGUGAGUGUAGCAAAUAACACGGAGAUGUUAGAUCCCCAAGGUCAUAGAACUGGUAUCUGCAUACAUAACGCUGUAAACAGAUAUCAUGUUAAUAAACAACAGGAACAGUAUCUGAAAAGUACACGUGAAGAAGAUUCAGGCGAGCAGACAGAAGACUUAAAGCACCUAAAGGAGAAUGCUGUCUACCACAAAGUCAACACAGAUUUUGGGAAUAAAGAAUUGAAUUCUUUUGGAGAGACCAUGCUGAAGAGCUUUCCAGGUGGAGAGGUUGAAAUGUUAGAAGGCAAUUUCAACAACGAAACAUCAGACAUGUCUAUGAUAAUAGCAGUGAAGAAGCAAGCCCAAGCUUCACAAAACAACGAUAUAGAACAUCUGGUAAAAAGUGAAACAGAGCUUGGUUCGAUGACGGUUGACAGGUCAAAGACCUGUUGUAAAGCAGAUGGAAGCGAUGUUAAUGCUGGAAGAACUAGGAGGUUGGCAAUGUUGGAAAAUGUAUCAUUGUCUAGCAAGGGAUUAAAGAAUCUCUGUAAAUUUUUUUCGUUCUGGAUCCUCCUGAAUCCUCCAGGUGCUUCUGGAGCUAGGAUAAAUCCACUAGUUCCUGGUAAUAAUGACAUGAAUUAUCAGCAAAUGCUACGUGAUUAUUGGUACGCAAUUGCAUUUCUUGGUGCGUUUGCGCUUCACCAUGGACGUCCUCUUUGUAAUGUACUUCGGAAUUUGCUUGGAAAUUGUAGAAAUUUUCGUCGACAUGGAUAUAUCAUGCUAGUUCCACAGGCCAAUGCCAUAAUACCAGGAAGAGGACGGAGAGUAGUUGGUAGAGCCCUACCCCCUCGGUAUGAUGGCAUCCGAGUCCUCCAACCAGAAAGAAGGGCUAAUCAAUUGGUGCGAAUGUAUCAUCCGAGAAACCAAGCUGGUGAUAACAGAGUGCUGCGAGUUUUUGAAGAAAGAGUGGUACAAGUUGCAGAAGAAACCAUCCAAGCGACUGGACCAUCAGAAAUAGUACCCAGUGCACAUGGAAGUUAGAUUUGGCUAUGUUAUCUGGAUAAGCAUAGUUGAGCCUACUCUAAUGUAUAUCUUAUGUUUGUCUCUAUGACUUUAUGUUUAGUUAAAUGACAUCUUCUUUGAAUGUAUGUAUGAUUAGUUCUUAACGUCAUAGAACGGCUAGGUAUGAUGAAAUCUAACUCUUCAGAUCAAAAGAUUGGGUGUGGUAUCACGUAAUGAAUUACGUCCCUUGCUUCCAAAUACUUUAUCUUAAUGUAACCGACGAUAUACAUCGACAUUAAAAAAGCAACGAUGAUAAUAAAUUUAUGAAACAUACUUUUUUUUAUUUCUAUUUGGUACAAGGCAGAUUCUGUGAACAGUGGUUAUUUACCAGUAGUAAAAUUGAAAAAAAUCCGGAUACAACAAAAUUUCCAAUAGAAAUCACAAAGUAAUGAGCAGAAACAAAACAUGAAUAUAAGUCGUAGCUUUUACGAUGUAAGUCUUACAAUUUAAAAAGUAAGUUACAAUAUCUAGA